AUGAACGUCCUCAAAAAGGUCGACGAUGCUCUCUCUGUCAAGCACGAGGCGGGCUGGAACGCCAACGUCUCGACUCGCUGGUCCAACGCAGACCUCGAUCCUGUGCCCAAGGCGGAGCGCACUUGGACGGGAUGGGACAUCUGCUCGUACUGGAUCAGCGAUCAGUUCGCGCCCGCAACCUGGAUGCUCGGGUCCUCCCUCGUCGCCCUCGGCCUCACGGCACGCCAGGCCAUCCCUCUCUCGUUCGUCGGCUUCACUUUCAUCGGCUGCAUCAUCGCACUCAACGGCCGGAUCGGCUCGACGACGCACUGCACGUUCCCCGUCAUUGCCCGUUCGUCGUUCGGCAUGUUUGGCGCAUACGCGCCCAUCCUAGUGCGCUCGAUCCUCGCCCUCCUGUGGCUCGUCAUUUUGACCUACCAAGGCGGCGGCAUCGUCGUCGUCAUGCUCGGCGCCAUCUGGCCCAGCUUCCUCAACGUCCGCAACACGCUCCCCGAGGGCCUCGGUAUCACGACGCAGGGUAUGGUCGGCUUCCUCAUUCUCUGGCUUUUCCAGGCGCCGCUCGCCUGCGUCCCGGUCCGCAAGCUCGCCAUCUUCUUCCACUUCAAGGCGGUCGUCUCGCUCAUCGGCUUUGCCGGCCUCUUCAUUUGGGCGCUCGUCGUCACCAAGGGCAAAGGCCUCCUUCUCACGGGCACGUUCGACGAGGCGCUCCUUCCCCGUGGGUCCAAGAGCUGGGCCAUGAUCCAGGGUAUCAAUACCUGCGUCGGCCUGUACUCGACUGUCAGCAUCAACAUCCCCGACUUCUCGCGUUUCGCUCGUCAGCCCAAGUCGAACUGGGGCCAGAUCCUCACCCUGCCCAUCACUGGCGCCAUUCCGAUCGCCAUCUCGAUCUGCUGCGCGCAGGCUGCUAAGCAAAACUACGACGUCGUCGUGUUCGACCCGGCGUCGCUCUUCGCGACCGACAUUACGGCCCUCGCGCCUCGCUGGCUCACCAUCUUCCGGUGCUCGGUCCUCGCCGGUAUCCUGUGUUGGGCCACGAACCCCUGGCGCAUCGUCAACAACGCGCCCUCGUUCUACAACUUCCUCUCGGCCUAUCCCGUCUUCCUCGCACCCGUCGCGACAAUCAUGGCCACGGACUUUUUCCUCGUCAAGCGGCAAAACGUCGACAUCCGCGAGUUCUAUAACCCGCACGGCAUCUACACGUACUUCUACGGGUUCAACCUGCGCGCCCUCGGCGCCUGGCUCUUUGCGUUCGCGCCGAACCUGCCCUCGUUCGCCCACGCCGUCGACCCGAGCAACGCCGACGUCUUUCCCUGGCUCUACAAGUUCAGCUGGUUCUUCUCGACGGCGAGCGCCGUCUUCUGGUACUGGCUCCUCAACGUUCUGUUCCCGGCGCACGCGGCUCGGGUCGACGAGGCCGUCUACGAGGUGCACCAGCUCGAGGACAGCGAGGAGUCGGCGAUCGGCUCGAGCGACGCCGACAAGGACGUGGCCGACAAGGAGUACAGCACCGGCGUCGUCUCGGUUUGA